GAGCGAGCGCGCCAGGCUGGGCGCCCGCUGCUGGCUGCCAGGGUGGGCGCCGAGUCCCGACCGGGGGAGGAGGGCGGGAGGGUGCGUUGUGUGUGUCUCUCGAUUCAUUUACGGCGGAGCAGCCGGCUCGAGAGCCCAGGCGGCGGUGGCGGCGGCGGCGGCGGCGGCGGCGGCUUCGUGCAACUGUGGCUCCCCCACCUCCUCUUCCUUUUUGCUCCUUGCAUCUUCUCCCCCCUGCGCACGUCCAUGGGGAGCCGGCCCCCUUGCCGGCACCUGCUCUCCGCUCGGCCCCCUGGCGCCAGCUGCUGCCUCCCCUACCACGGACAGCGCGGGCUGUGCGGGCCCCGGGUGGCCAGUCCCCUGGCUUGGCGCCCGCGUCUUACCACCCGCAGCCCAAGCUGGCGCGCCGCUCCGCUAGCCCAAACUGACUCGGGGAGCGCGAGUGCCCGAGCUCGCCUCUGCACCGACUACCCCCGGCGGGCAUUUGGAAGCAGGGAGGGGGAGAUGGGGAGAAGGAGCCGCAGGAGACUCUGAACCCCGGAAAAGUUCAAGGUUUGUGAAGCCCUCCUCCCUCCCCGGGGGGGAGGCGAGAAACCAGGCACAGUAGCGAGCCCCUCUCUCAGCUCAGGCAGAGAGACCCGGGAGAGGGGGAGGGCGGCUCGGAGCUACAGAGGGCUGGCGGAGCCCCUCUACGUCCUCCGAGACUGACGGCCAGGAGGCUGGAGUCUGCGUCUCGGGCAGGCAGGGCUCGAGUCGGGAGCAUUAGCCGCCUCUCGGGCACCCUCGCUUCUCCAAGCCAGUCUCCACCCGGCAGCCCGCUGCCACCGCGCCACCCUCUACCCAGCCGCAGGGCGGUUGCCCCAGGAGGCGGCCUGCGUGGAGCCCGGGCCCUGGCCGAGACGAGACAGCGCGCUGGAGCCCUGGAGCGAGCGCUGCGACGGGACUAGCCGCCAGCCGGCCGCCCGGAGCAUCGCGUCCCAGUGUAGCCUGUGGUGGCGGCGACCCGCUUCGCCGAUCCCAGCGCUGCACGGAAACUUUUCCUUUUCCGGAUGGAUUAAAGUUGGCUGGAUUUUCUCUUUCUUGGCGAAUGAAAUCGGUCAUUUGCACCUAGCCUGGGAUUUUAUAUGCUGGAGCCGCUGCAGGGCGCCUAGAGCGAGGAAGCUGCCGCCAAGCGCUACGCGCUAGGUUACAGGCGAACCCGAAGGAAUCCGAGCUGGCGUUGCAAAGCUGCACUCUCCAGCGAGUCGGGGUUCCAGCUGGAUGCGGAGCUGAGGGACCCUGCACUUGGCGCCAGGCUGCUCCCAAGAGCCCACGGCCACCGCGCCCUGGACCGCACGUGCUGCUCCCCCCUUGCAGAGCGGAUCCUUCAGGAGCACCAGCCCGGAGAGGUGGAGGCUCCUCCCGCCCGGAGCUGCGCCCCCACCAGCCAGGAGGGUGUAGCCCGCGGGGCUCCGGACGCCCCCUCCCCUCAAAGUGUCCCAGAAUUGCACUCCCUGCACCCCACCCCUCACCCCCCAAAGCCUUAGCGAAGACAGCCGGGCGCCUAGGCCCCUCUGAGUUGGAUGUAAUUAAGCCCAGCCUGGGGCCAAGUCGUCGACGACUGCUGCCCCCAAGGCCCCCUCCCAAGCCCGCCUCUGCCAUGGCCCCCUGGCUGCCGGGCCGCGGCGGCGCCGCCCUGCUCUGCCUCUCCGCGCUGCUCGCCCACGCCUCGGGCCGCUCGCACCCCAGCCCCAGCCCGCCGGGCCGUCCCGCCAGCCCCGCGCUGCCGGUCAGCUACCGCCUGUCGCACACGCGCCUGGCCUUCUUCCUGCGCGAGACGCGGCCCCCGCCGCCCGCCGCCAACGCGUCCCUGCAGCGCUCCGAGCCCUUCGUGGUGUUCCAGACCAAGGAGCUGCCCGUCCUCAACGUGUCCCUGGGGCCCUUCAGCACCAGCCAGGUGGUGGCCCGGGAGCUGCUGCAGCCGUCCAGCACCCUGGACAUCCCCGAGCGCCUGACGGUCAACUGGAAGGUGCGGGCCUUCAUCGUGCGUGCCCGCGUGCCAGCCUCGCAGCCCGAGGCGCAGGUGCUUUUCUACGUGGCCGGCCGCGACUGGGACGACUUCGGGGUGUCGGAGCGGCUGCCCUGCGUCCGCCUGCACGCCUUCCGGGACGCCCGAGAGGUCAAGAGCUCCUGCCGCCUGGCCGGGGGCCUGGCCACCUGUCUGGUGCGCGCCGAGCUGCCCCUGGCCUGGUUCGGGCCCCCCGCGCCCGCAGCGCCCGCAGCGCCCCCUGCCGGGCCCCGCCGCAAGUCUCCCGACGGGCUGGAGGCCGAGGCGGGCGGGGAGAGCCAGCAGGCGGAGCUCUACUACACGCUGCACGCCCCGGACGCCGCGGGGGGCUGCGGGGGCGCCCGCAGGGGAGCCGGGCCCGGGCUGGGCGCACGCGCCGAGAGCCCCACCCAGCACCCGCUGCUGCGCAUUGGCAGCAUCAGCCUGUUCCGCCCGCCCCCCAGGAGGACCCUGCAGGAGCACCGGCUGGACAGCAACCUGAUGAUCCGCCUGCCUGAUAGGCCCCUCAAGCCCGGGGAAGUGCUCAGCAUCCUCCUCUACCUGGCCCCCAACUCCUCCUCCCCCUCCAGCCCCAGCAUGGAGCAUUUCACACUCAGGGUGAAGGCCAAGAAGGGUGUGACCCUCCUGGGCACCAAGUCACGGAACAGCCAGUGGCACGUGACCUCGGAGCUGCUGACUGGAGCCAAGCACUCAACAGCCACUGUGGAUGUGACCUGGGCCCAGGACACACCCUUGCCCCCCUGGGAGGGCCAGGAACCCCUGGAGAUCCUGCAGCUGGACUUCGAGAUGGAGAACUUCACCAGCCAGUCGGUCAAGCGCAGAAUUAUGUGGCACAUCGAUUACCGGGGUCACGGGGCCCUGCCUGACCUGGAGCGGGCAGUCACUGAGUUGACAGUCAUCCAGCGAGAUGUGCAAGCCAUCCUGCCCCUGGCCAUGGACACAGAGAUCAUCAACACAGCCAUCCUGACUGGCCGGACGGUGGCCAUCCCUGUCAAGGUCAUUGCCAUAGAGGUGACCGGUCUCGUCCUAGACAUUUCUGCUCUAGUGGAAUGCGAGUCUGACAAUGAAGACAUCAUCAAGGUGUCCAGCAGCUGUGACUACGUGUUCGUGAGUGGCAAGGAGUCCCGAGGGUCCAUGAAUGCCAGGGUCAUCUUCCGCUAUGACGUCCUCAAUGCCCCUCUGGAGAUGACUGUCUGGGUCCCCAAGCUGCCUCUGCACAUCGAGUUGUCUGACACACAACUCAGCCAAGUGAAGGGCUGGAGGGUGCCCAUCCUCCCUGACCGGAGGUCAGCCCGGGAGAGCGAGGAUGAGGAUGAGGAGGAAGAGGAGCGGCGGCAGAGCGCCAGCCGGGGCUGCACCCUGCAGUACCAGCAUGCCACCCUGCAGGUCUUCACCCAGUUCCACACCACCUCAUCUGAGGGCACUGACCAGGUGGUCACCAUGCUGGGCCCAGACUGGCUAGUGGAGGUCACUGACCUGGUCAGCGACUUCAUGCGGGUGGGUGACCCACGAGUUGCACGCCUGGUGGACAGCAGCACCCUGGCAGGCCUGGAGCCGGGCACCACCCCCUUCAAGGUGGUGUCCCCACUGACAGAGUCUGUGCUCGGGGAGACAUUGCUGACUGUGACAGAGGAGAAGGUCAGCAUCACGCAGCUGCAGGCCCAGGUGGUGGCCAGUCUGGCCCUCUCCCUUCGACCCAGCCCCGGAAGCAGCCACACCAUUGUGGCUACCACGACCGCCCAGCAGACCCUCAGCUUCCUCAAGCAGGAAGGCCUCCUGAGCCUCUGGCUUUCCUACAGUGAUGGCACCACGGCCCCACUCUCCCUCUACAGCCCCCGGGACUACGGGCUGCAGGUGAGCAGCCUGGAUGAGCGGGUGGCCACAGUGACCCAGGCCCGGGCCUUCCCCCUGGUGGUGGCCGAGGCGGAAGGGUCAGGGGAGCUGCUUGGAGCAGAGCUCACCAUCGCGGAGAGCUGCCAGAAAACCAAGCGCAAGAGCGUGCUGGCCACCACCUCGGUGGGGCUGCGGGUGCACUUUGGACGCGAUGAGGAGGACCCCACUUAUGACUACCCGGGUCCUAGUCAGCCAGGGCCUGGGGGAGGCGAGGACGAGGUCCGGAGAGCCCCGCCCGGCACCCCGCCCCAAGCCCCCAGCACCUGCAGCUCGGCCGCGCCAUCCACGGAGGACCUCCUGCCGCUGCCCACCGGCUUCCUGCAGAUGCCCCGCGGGCUGACGGACCUGGAGAUCGGCAUGUACGCGCUGCUGGGCGUCUUCUGCCUCGCUAUCCUCGUCUUCCUCAUCAACUGCAUCGUGUUCGUGCUGCGCUACCGGCACAAGCGCAUCCCGCCCGAGGGCCAGACCAGCAUGGACCACUCCCACCACUGGGUGUUCCUGGGCAACGGGCAGCCGCUGCGGGUGCAGGGGGAGCUGUCGCCGCCCACCAGCAAUGCGCUGGAGACCGUGCCCGCCUGCUGCCACGGCGACCACCACAGCAGUGGCAGCUCGCAGACCAGCGUGCAGAGCCAGGUGCACGGGCGGGGCGACGGCUCCUCGGGGGGCUCGGCCCGGGACCAGGCCGAGGACCCCGCCAGCUCCCCCACCUCCAAGCGCAAGCGGGUCAAGUUCACUACCUUCACCACUCUGCCCUCGGAGGAGCUGGCCUAUGACUCGGUGCCCGCCGGUGAAGAGGAGGAGGACGAGGAGGACUUGGGGUGGGGCUGCCCCGAGGUGGCGGGAACCCAGCGGCCCGCCCCGCCCCCGGACCUGCACAACUACAUGCGCAGAAUAAAAGACAUGGCUUAGGGGCGCUGGUCCCCGCCAGCUGGCGGGUUCUGUGUGGGCGCAGCCUGGACUCCGCGCCCUGUGAGGGGCGCCUGUCUGCUCCCUCAGCCGGCCGCCUCACCGCACACCUUAUCCCCUCCGCCCUGCGGGGGAGGGCGCCUUCCUCCCUGCCGCCCCCGCUGCCAAGAGGAGAGCAAGCCCAGCCCUGUUCCACCUUCCCAAGCCUCCCUGCUCUCUUACUGCCACCCUCUACCCCGAGAGUGAGGCAGGAGGAGGCCGAGCCUGGGGUUGAGGCAGUUCCACACUGUGCCCCAUCUCUGCAUCUCACGUCCCCUGACUCCCCCCUGUGGGGGAAGACCUCUGGGGGGGGGUGGUCUUGUGUCACAAGCUGCACAAAGACUUUUCUCAAACCACUAUUCAGGGAUUUCUGUCCUGUGGGACGGGGAGGUAGCAGCUGCCAGCCCGGCCAAGGAUCUUGUUGUGGACAAAAAAAAAUAAUGUGGGGGGAGGGGGCAGAGGGGGACACUUGUAGCAUCUGCUUCUUCUGCAGGGUGCCCCGCCCCCUCCCCCCUUCCUAGAACUUGGGAACUGAGGCUAUAGAAGGGCCUAGUACCAAGCCAAGUCCCUUCCAGAGCUACCAGGACUUUGUGCCUGCCUGCAAGGGCUGCGGGGCUGGGGCCAAAACAGGAGGAUCCUCCGUUCACUUGGAGGAAAGCCUGGACGCCUCCUGCCUCCCCACAGAAAGGUCAGCGCUACGCCUUAGCCGCCCCUCCCGCUCUGCUGACCACUCAGACUCUCUCUGUAAGGGAAGCACCCCCUUGCCCUCCUGAGCCCAAACCAGAUGGGAGGGCCGAGAGGGCACCAGGGAAUGCUGUGAAGGACCUCAGGAUGGCAAAGGCCAAAGGGAGCCUGGCAUAUCCCCCUACCCCAAGCCCACAGUCACUUUUCUCUUGGGUUCUACCCACCACUGUGUCGGAUUUUUCUUAAAUAAAUGGAGGCAAGGGGACAGGCUGGGAGCGGUCGCUCCCAGAGAGCAGACAGAAGGUGA